AUUUUCUACUCUGUUAUCUGUGGUUGUAUUCGAACGUGUUUAAAUUUGGUCUGAAUAUUUUCGAAGUUGUAAUUCAUUAUAGUUUGAGUGAAUAUUGGUGGUAUUAAUCAUGAAGAGAAUGAAAAGAAAAGCAGAUGGAAGUAAUAAAAGUUCUAAAAGAUUGAAAAAAAUAAAAGGACCCUCGUUGGAUAUGAGCGAGUUUUCCAAAGGAACUAAGAUCUCUGAAAAUGUUGAAACUGUAGAGCUUUCACCCUGUGUUAAUGAUAGUGAUGUACAUGAAGAAUCAUUUGAAAAUGAGAAUGCUAGUGACGUUGGUAGUGUUUCUUGUGAGUCGGAAGAAAAUCAUGAAAGUUGUGAUGAACUUGAGCAAGAGGAUGAAGAACUCGAUAGCACAGAUUGUUUUACUAAACAUUUCAAGGAUUCCCUUCAUCCUAAGCUUUUGGAGUCAUUAGAAUCAUCUCCUCCUUGUUUGACCCACAAGGAUGAUACUUGGCCUAUAUUGAGGAAUGUUGUUAUAUCGAUGCCUUCUAAUCCUGAAGCAGAGGCUGAGAAAGUUUCUAAAAAACUCCUCGAAGAUGAAAUAACCUACACUACUGGCGGUAAUCUCCCGAAAAUUCGAAAUUUGAAAGAUAUUACCCCUAAGGAUAUACACAUAAAGGCACAAAUUGCUAAACAUUUGGUGAGUGCAAAUUGUGCGUUGAAUGAUUCUACUGAUGAAACGCGUUUUUUGACAGAAUUUCAAAAUGAACUCUUCUGUGUUAUGAACAAUUAUCAAGAUUUAUAUUAUAGCAAACAAACUCUAAAUAAUGCUGAAUCAGUAAGAUUUGUGUAUUGCUUACAUGUAGCAAAUCAUAUAUUGAAAAGAAGAACUGAAGUUUUGCGUCAUAAUGAGAGAUUGAAAAAGACAGGAAGUGAUGAUGUGCCAGAUGAGUUUAGAGAUCAAGGCUUUGUGAGACCUAAAGUUUUAGUAGUCCUCCCAUUCAAAUCUUCAGCAUUUAAAGUUAUAUCUCUUCUGAUAAAACUUCUUUUUGGCGAAGGAAAAAAAGGCAGUGUCAUGAACAAGAAGAGAUUUUUAGAGGAGUACCAAGGCGAAUCUCAAAAAAUUCCAGUCCGUAAACCGGAGGAAUACAAAAUGAUCUUCUCAGGAAAUACUGAAGAUGAUUUCACAAUGGGUAUAUCAGUCACAAGAAAAGCUAUAAAGUUAUAUUCUGAAUUUUAUUCUUCAGAUAUUAUUGUUGCGGCGCCAUUAAGCUUGAGAAGAAUAAUAGGAGCUAAAGGAGAAAAAGAAAGGGACUACGAUUUUUUAUCUUCAAUUGAAUUGAUGAUUUUUGAUCAAACAGAAAUAUUUAUGAUGCAAAGUUGGCAUCAUAUACUACACCUCUCUGAUCAUCUCCACCUCAAAUUAAAAGAAUAUCGAAGAACUGAUUUUUCAAGAGUUAGACUUUGGAGUUUGGAUGGUCAUGCUAGAUUUUAUAGACAGACUAUUAUUUUAAGUUCAGUUAAUGUUCCUUUAAUUGAAUCAUUCUUCAUUAAUAGAUGUCGUAAUUAUGCAGGAAGAGUAGCUAUCAACAAAUACUUUGCAAAAGGAGCAAUAGCAAAUGUAUUAGGUGAACGUAAUCAUACGUUUUUCAAGUUUUCUGUGGGGAUUGGUGUUGAUAUCCCGGAAAAAAGAUUUGAAUGCUUUAUGAAUAAUGUUUUUCCUUUAUUCUACAACAGUGAACCACUGAGACAAGUUUUGAUCUAUAUACCUGUUUACUAUGAUUUUGUGAGACUGAGAAAUCAUUUUAUGAAAGAAUCAAUAAAUUUUAAUCAGAUUUGUGAAUACAGUCCACAAAAAAAAGUUGCUGAAGCCAGAGAUUUAUUUUGCAACAAGGAUGUUCAUUUCCUCUUGUAUACUGAAAGGUAUCAUUUUUAUAAUAGAAUAACUCUUAAGGGAAUAAGACAUAUUAUAUUUUAUGACUUGCCAACAUAUCCUCAUUAUUAUACUGAAAUAUGUAAUAUGAUGAACAAUGAAAAUCUAUUGAAACCGAAGAGGUGUUUGUCUAACUUUACUGUGAGUGCUUUGUAUACAGACUUUUGCGACUAUACAAAAUUGGCAGCUAUAGUUGGAACUAAGAAAGCUCGAAAUAUGAUUAAAUCUAACAAAACUAGUCAUCUACUAUUUGCCAACGAUUAACACAGUUAAUUUUCAUUCAAUAAUUUGAUCUUCGUGAUUUUCAACAUGUUUGGACAUGUUAACAAUAAAAUUUUUCAUUGAUGGAAACUCAAGAAGAUACAUACUUCAAAUUAUAAAAUGUUUAAGUGCUAGUUAUUGAUUGCAGAAUUUGUAUUUUUGUUAUUUCUGUUGAAAAUUGUAUAAAUUUUGUAAUAUGAAUUUUGUAAAUAUAUUAUGAUAAUCA